CAUCCCUGGGAACAUCUUACAUUCGGGCUGAAUGUUCUGAAUGAUAAGUGCAGUAACGUUCUGUCGAAGUAUAUUUACAUUUCAUUGAUGAUAAUGAUGAAGAGAAUAUUCUGCGUGAUCGUGUUUUAUGUUGCUCUUGUGUUCUCGCAUCCACUCUCACCCGGACUAAGUUCUACCACAUCCAAAACACCUGCCUCACAACCCCAGCCACUGACGACACAAUCUCCGCCAAAAGAACAAACCACAAGACAAGCACAACAAAACCAACAAACAUUCGUUACAGCGCCAUUAUGUCCGAAUAAAUUAGACAUUGUUUUGGUGAUAGAUUCUUCUGGAAGCGUUCAGAAAUCCUGGGAUGAUUUAAUUGAUGAUGCUCAAACACUCCUUUCAAACUUUAUAAUUGGUCCAGACAACACAAGAGUCGGGAUUAUUGAUUAUAGUGCUGUCGCUAAUGUGUAUUUACCGCUGGAUUCUAAUAACACUGAUGAAAGUGUGUACCGGUCUUUACAAACAAUGCGAAGUCAGCCGCAAAAUGGUGAGACUUGGGUGGAGUUAGGUUUAGAUCGCGCCACAGAAGUGUUUGGUUCAGCGACUCCUGUUAGAGAAGACGCACGUAAAGUAAUUGUGAUGUACACUGACGGAAAGCAAACAAGUGGAGAUGUGCGCUCGAUACAGGCCUUAAUCAAAGCUCAACGCGACCAAAAUAUCGAAACUUUCAUUGUAAAACCGUGUAAAAAUAUUUCCAGUGAAGCGCUUCAGAUGAUGGCCAGUAGCCACCUUCACAUUUACAAAAUGAAUGAAGAACCGCCUAUGGGAAUGUCAUCUUUGAGGGAUGCUAUUUGUUGGAAUACUGGAACAGUCCAAUCCACAACAGCCUCACCUGACAUCCAUACCACUUCGUCAGUGUUACCUGUCGAAACAAAACCAACACCUGCACCAAGCAGUCAUCGAACAACUGUGUCAAUUUCAACAACAACUGGAUCAAAUUCAGAUCGUGAACGAUGUAAUCUUCCUUCUGAUGCUGGCCCAUCAAGAGCGUUUAUUCUAAGAUUCUAUUAUGAUAGUGUGGAUAAACAAUGUAAAAUCUUCUCUUUUGGUGGCAGCGGUGGUAAUGCCAACAAUUUUCAAACAUACAAAGAAUGUCAGGAUACAUGCGAAGAAGGUAAACUCUCAACAACCUCAACACCCAAUACUUCCACUGAUGGAACGAAAACAAAUGAGUCAACAUCAACAAAUGAUACCAGACCUUCUAAUAUUGUUGAUUCCAAAUGCGAAUUGGAGAAAGAACAUGCAUUAUGGUUGCUAUCCAGUAAUAUACCCACAGCUUAUCAAAUUUUUGUUCCGGAAUGUUCAGAAGAUGGCAAAUACAAACCAAUUCAACAUCAUGAGGGAACUGGUUACUCUUGGUGUGUUGACGUGGACACAGGUGACGUAAUAAAUGGAACAAAAGUUGCAAAUGAGACACCUAAAUGUCCAGAAAAAACAGAUCAAAAUUCUUCCCAUCAACUAACAAAAUGUCAGAAGGAGAAGAAGGAAAAAACAUUGUUAGCAAAAGAAACUCCUGAUAUUUUUGUACCAACUUGCAGUUUGUUUGAUGGCUUGUACCUGGAGGUCCAGACUUCUGCUCAAACUGGUGAAAAAUGGUGUGUUAAUCGUUAUACUGGUGAACUUAUCAAUGGCACGACGGUUGGAAGAGAAGAAGGAAACCCUUUGUGCCCAGAAAAAACAAAGUGUGAAACAGAGAGGGAGGAAGCUGUCUCGUCAAACUACCGUGAGCCUAAGUCUGUUGGAAGCUUUGUUCCACAGUGCCAAGUAAAUGGACUGUAUACUAAAGUUCAGGUACAUGGAGCUACUGGUAAUGCUUGGUGUGUUGAUGAAGUGACAGGGGAUGAAAUAAAUGGAACAAGGACAUCACCUGGAGAAGGAAUGCCUGCAUGCCCAGGAGAAGUUAAUCCAAUAUGCUUACUGCCGAAAUUGGUUGGUCCUUGCAAAGCUUCUGUACCAAGAUAUUUCUUUAAUGAGAAAACAGCAUCUUGUGAAAAGUUUACCUAUGGUGGUUGCAAUGGCAACGCUAAUAACUUUGAGACGUAUCAUGACUGCCAAUCAGCAUGCGGUAUGUUGACAAAGUGCCUUAUAGAGAAAGAAGAAGCCAGUUUAAGGGAGCCGAUUGCUAAUGAAACUGUAUUUGUACCAGAAUGUACAGAAGAUGGAUUGUAUAAAUCCCUGCAGAGAUUUUACAAUGAUUCCACCUGGUGUGUUGAUCAAAAAACUGGGAGAAUGAUUGAGGGAACAAUUGUUGAAUUUAAAGACGCUGACUGUUCAUCAGUACCCAGUAAGCCAACAACGAAACAACGAGAGCUAUUAUGUCAUGAAACAGUUGGUAAACUCCUGUCAGGUUCUGCAACAUCUAAUCAGUUCAUUCCUGCUUGUACAGAGGACGGCCAUUUCCAAGAAAUACAAAAAGAUGAAAUUAAACAAGAACAUUGGUGUGUUCAUAUAUAUACUGGAGUUGAAAUUGAAGGGACAAGAAAAAAUACAAGUGAAGGCUCCUUAGUGUGUCCAGAGCAUUCCAACAAAGACUGUCUUCUUCCAAAAGAUUCAGGUCCAUGUCUUGCACUCUUCCCACGCUUUUAUUAUGACUGGAAGCAUAAUAAAUGUUUCCGCUUUUUAUAUGGUGGAUGUAUGGGAAAUCAAAACAACUACAAAACAUUAAAAGAUUGUGAACUAGAAUGCCAAAGAAAAGGCAACAACUCCCAUCCACAAACAAAAUGCGAGAAAGAAAAGGAGAAAAAUGAAGCUAUGAUAAAGAUGCUUCCCGAUCUUUUUAUUCCGGUAUGCAAUUCUAACGAUGGCUUGUAUGAAGAAAUCCAAGAAAAUGGUAUGACGGGUGGUAAAUGGUGUGUUGACCGAGAAACUGGGGAAACAGUUACAGGAACCUAUGUCAAGCAGGGAAACCCAGACUGUUCUGCAAAGUCUGGAAAUUCAUCUGUAUUACGACCAAUGACAAAAUGUGAACGCGAAAGAGAAACGGGUACAUUUCUUGCACAGACUAUUCCUGACUACUUUGUUUUUAAAUGUAAUCCUGAUGAUGGAUUGUAUGAAGAAAUACAGGAAAAUGGAAUGACUGGUGGUAAAUGGUGUGUUGACCGUGAAACAGGGGAAACUAUUAAUGGUACUUAUCACAAAAGAGAAGACGGAAUGCCUGAUUGUCCUGGAAGCAAAGCUAUCAAAACGAAUGAAACCUCUAAUGCUGACGGCACAGGAAAUAAAGGAAACAACAAUGCUGGUGUUAAUAAUGAAACCGCACCAGUGGUGGAACCACCACUGCCAAUACCCACACCUGAACCAGAGCCACUACCGCCUUCUGAUUUCGAUAUCUAUAACCCAACCAAUCCAUGCAAAGUGGAAUUAGAUUUUGCAAAACAAAGAAACAAUGGGAGAAACAUGGUUGGAGGAUUUUUACCUCAGUGUGAAGAGAAUGGAGAUUAUAAAGAAAUGCAGGUGUAUGGCUCAAGUGGAUCUAAAUGGUGUGUAGAUAAAAAAACUGGCCAUUUAAUUGAUGGAACAUUAGUUGGUCCUGGAAAUCAUGAUCCAGAUUGUGUAAAAGCUAGCCAAUCUGGAAACAAUACAAUUAAACCAGUUAUAGAACCGCUACCAGAAGCAACACCAGAGCCGGAAGUGGAACCAUCAUUAGAUUUCGAUAUGUACCACCCAACCAAUCCAUGCAAAGUGGAAUUAGAUUUUGCAAAACAAAGAAACAAUGGGAGAAACAUGGUUGGAGGAUUUUUACCUCAGUGUGAAGAGAAUGGAGAUUAUAAACAAAUGCAGGUGUAUGGCUCAAGUGGAUCUAAAUGGUGUGUAGAUAAAACGACUGGCCAUUUAAUUGAUGGAACAUUAGUUGGUCCUGGAAAUCCUGAUCCAGAUUGUGUAAAAGCCACCAGCAAUCCAGGUGACCCACCCAGCAAUAAUGGAUCACAUAUCGUGCAACCAGAGCCAGAACCAGAAACUGGUCCAGCACCAAGUGUUGACAUAUAUCAUCCGAAAAAUCCAUGUUCAACAGAAUUGGACUUUGCAAAACAACGAAUGGGUCAAAAUUUGAUCGGGGCAUUCAUUCCACAAUGUGAUGAAAAUGGUAAUUACAAAGAACUGCAAACGCAUGGAUCAAGUGGUUACAGAUGGUGUGUUGAUAAACAAACAGGGCAUGUAGUUAAUGGAACGAUGACAGGCCCAGGAAGUCCUACUCCAGAUUGUGCAAAAGUCAAUCAAACUGGUCAAACGUCAGGAAAUAAAUCAAGUGAAGGUAAACUGGUGAAAAUAGCGGAGAUUGUGGUUACCAACAAGACAACACAAACGCCAUCGCCGACAGUAAAUCCAACGCCAGCACCGCAACCAACUAUACAUGUUGAAGAAGUUGAUAUUUAUCAUCCAAAGAAUCCGUGUUCUCAGGAAGCGAAAUACGCUGAAGAAGAAAAACUCACCAAUUAUCGUCCUAAUGCGUUCGUUCCACAAUGUGAUGAACAUGGUAAUUACAAACCGAGACAGACGUACGGCUCCACUGGUUACACUUGGUGUGUGAAUCCGAAAACAGGUCAUGAAAUUCCAGGAACUAGAGUCGGUCCAGGAAGUCCUGCUCCAAACUGCACCACUGAUGGCACAGCUCCAGUGUUGGAAGCAUCAACAAUACCUUCGACAGCACCGCACGUAUGGACCACGCCGUCACCAACGAAACAUUCCAACACCUCCGCCAAUACAACUAAUAAACAAGCGAUGGGAACAAAGCCCGGAGUAGAACAUACCGAAAAUAAAGAUGGUGCGAAAGAAGUGCACGAAAAUGUAGAGGACGAAAGAAAAGAGCUCAAAAAACUGGCUGAUGACUGUCCAUUUGAGAUAGGAGUAAACCUCACCAAAAUUGGAUGUUACAACGAUGAUCAACAAGUGCCUCAACCAUUUCCACAGCUGUUGGUGAAAGACACUUCCAUAAAUCUUGAAACACCGAGCAAAAACGAAGAUUGGAAAGGUUUUGUUCGUGCUUUUGUUUGCAAAUGUGCGAUUGUUACACAGAAAAAGGGAUGGUUUUCGUUUGGCAUUCAAAAAUACGGGGAGUGUUUUUCCGGUCCCGACGAAGGGCGUUUUGACGAAGAUGGAGAGGCUUCCGAAAACAUGUGUAUCAAUGAAGAACAGGAAUCUUGCAAGAAAGACAAACAAUUUUGCGCUGGUAUAUCGAAACAAAAUGGUAGCAAGAAAGUGACCGCUAAUUAUGUUUAUAUGAUCAAAACGAAAACGCAUACUCAAAUAAAUCGUAUAGAAUACGACAAAAAGAAGCGUCAUAUUCGACAAAAAAAGCGUCACAGUAAACGUCACUUUAAAAGAUCGUCCUGAUUUCUCAUUAAACGCCAUCAGCAAAGCCCGAAUUCCUGUUUACGCAAGAAAAACGCAAUCUAACUUGCUUGCAAAAGACACUCCCUGUGAAGAAAGCCUCCGCGGCAUGAAUUUAUUCCCGCUUAGUAUAGAAAAAUAGAAUACCUUGUUUUGAAAUCUGUAAAUAUCAUUUGUUUUCUUUCUGAAAAUACAAAUAAUCAACCACUA